AUGGAAGAAGAAACCCCGGAAUCAAGAAUGAUGGGCACAAUGAUGGACGUUAUGAACAGAGCUAUGGCCCAACAACAAGAGUUCUUUAUGAAGUUGUUGGAGGAUAGAGAUGCUAACAACCGUAAGCAUGAAGCAAUUGCCGAGAAUAUAACUAUUGGAGGAUCUGGGGGUACCGGAAAUGGAAUCCCAACCCAGGAGUUAGUGACGAUUGAGGCGAGACAAAUAGGUAGAGUUUGCUCUUACAAGACCUUCCUAUGUUGCAAACCACCGGAAUUUGUGGGGUCGGAUGAUCCUGUGGCAUGCAUGAAUUGGCUUCGAGAAAUUGAGCAAGCCUUCCGGGCUUGUGAUUGUGAUGAGGAGCAAAAAGUGAAGUUUGGCUCUCAAAUGCUGAGGGGUGCAGCUCUUACCUGGUGGAACAUUGUCAUCUCAACCAUCGAGGUUACAGAAUUGACCAAGAUGAGUUGGGCCACGUUCAAAGAGAAGGUAAUGGAAGAAUAUUGCAUUGAACAAGAGAUGGACCGCAUCGAAGAAGAGUUCCGAACUCUUAAGAAGGGGAACUUGUUAGUAAGGGACUACACCCGACUCUUCAUGGAAAAACUAAAUUUAGUGGGACAUGUGGCCCCAACGGAGAAGGAGAGGAUGAAAGCCUACCUCAAAGGGCUGUCUGCGGACAUGAUGGUGAUGGUUAGGAACUCCAGAGCCUCCACCCUUAGGAAGGCAAUCGAAGAGUCCAAAGUCAUGGAAUCGGUUUAUAUUAAAGGAAAAGAAGAAAGGAUGUCGAGUGGUGAGAAGAGGAAAUGGGAAGGGACUUAUGCACCAUCCAAAAAGCCAAACCAUUUCGACAGCAACAAUCGCGGAGUGUAUCCCAAACAAGAGGCUAGAUGGUGUCCCAAAUGCCAUAGUAAACAUCACGGCCCGUGUAGCACCAACUCUACCCCCACCAAUGCUUUAAGUGUGGGAAGGCAGACCACACAUAACGAGUGUUCGAUCAAGGGACCCAUAUGUUUUGGGUGCGGAGAGCCGGGUCACUUCAAGAAUGAUUGCCAAAAGUUGAAAACAGGUGGGAGUCAAGGAAGAAAGGAGAGCGCCCCUAAAGCAACCGGUUGA